AUGGAGCCCCUUUUUACCUGUGUCUCCAACAACGCCCAUCACCUUUACACCCUUCUAUCCUGCAUCAGCUUUGCCUCUAAAGCCACCGUUCAGAUCACACCCGAAGGCCUACGAUUUUCCGCUGAAGAAGGCCGUGUCAUUCAGGGUCUGGCUUUUUUGGAUAGAGCACUCUUCACCAGCUACACAUUGAAUACCACACCAGACCCAGUCAAUCAAGAAACAGAGGCGCCCAAUGAUGAAAAUUCGGAUGAACUGGUCUACCCACAAUUUGUUGUGUCGCUUUCUGCUUUGCUGGAAACCCUCAAAAUCUUCGGCAUCAAUGAGCUUACGGAACCAAAUGGCGUUCGCAACACCAACCUCCCGCAAACCAAUCCUGCAUCAAGCGCAUUCUCUGCGCCAGCAUUGCUAAUGGAUCGUUCCUGUACUAUCCAAUAUGCCGCGCAUGGUGCACCGCUCAGUAUAGCUAUCGAUGAAGCAGGUGUAAAAACGACCUGCGAACUCGUUACUUACGAGGCUGAAGACGACGAAUCCGACAUUCCACUCCAACGUAACUCAAUUAUCAUGAAGAUCAUCAUGCGCUCUGCCUGGCUGCACAACGCCAUCUCAGAGCUUAACUCAUCAACGCCAACCAUUCUUAAGAUUUCAGCAUCUGCCAAGCGAGAGCCGUAUUUCGCGCUCUCUGGUGCCGGUGGUCCCUUCAGCGAAUCUACGGUCGAGUUCUCCGUGGAUCAGCAGAACAACGACGGAGACGCCAGUACCCAGGCUUCCAAGACACAUAAGGUACAGGCGGAUGAUGGGUCCUCUCGGGCUCGCAGCACAAGAGCGAAGCUCGCCCCAACAGUUACGGAAACCUUCCUUGUCACCCCACCUUCGUCAAUGGGCGAGCGGAUCAAUCAGAGCUAUCGAUUUGCGUUGAUCAGUAAAGCCGCUCGAGCUAUGGCCGUUGCGAAUAAGGUUAGUAUUCGUGGAGAUCGGCAAGGCGUGCUGAGCUUACAAUUCAUGAUCGAGCUGGAAGAUAAAGACAACAACGCAACUGGGCGGCCUGUUGGAGCUGGUAUUAGGCCGACAGGUCCUGUAUGCUUUGUUGACUUUCGGUUCGUGCCGCUGUUGGAUGAGGAGGCUGCUGAGAUGGAGAUGGACAUGCUGGUCAAUGAUUAG